CUAAACCCCAGGGUGGAUAAAGACGACUUGCUCAGGAUCGGUGGUCGGCUAGGGAAUGCAAAAUUAGAUGAGAAUGAACGAAACCCCCUCAUAAUCCCAAGCCAGAGCCACAUCGCAAUCUUACUUGUGCGCCACUACCACGAGAAGGUCAAGCACCAAGGUCGGCACUUCACAGAAGGAGCAAUCCGAUUUGCAGGGCUGUGGAUCGUUGGAGCAAAGAGGUGCAUUGCCAGCACAAUCCACAAGUGUAUCCGGUGUCGUAAGCUACGUGGAAAACAGGAAGAACAGAAAAUGGCAGACCUCCCAGCCGAUCGACUCAGUGUGGAACCUCCCUUCACCUCUGUAGGGAUCGACGUGUUCGGACCAUGGACAGUCAUCUCCCGCCGCACCAGAGGAGGGCUCGCGAACAGCAAACGUUGGGCAGUGCUGUUCACCUGUAUGAGUACACGAGCAGUGCACAUCGAAGUCAUCGAGUCCAUGGACUCUUCGAGCUUUAUAAAUGCACUCCGGAGAAUCUUCGCCAUCAGAGGGCCAGCCAAGCAACUCCGUUCUGAUUGUGGAACCAAUUUCAUAGGAGCAUGUAAAGAGCUUAAGAUCAAUACGGAGAAUAUCGAAGAUGAUUCUGUCAGGAAAUACCUUAGUGACCAAGGCUGCACAUGGAUCUUCAAUCCUCCCCACUCUUCGCAUAUGGGUGGAGCCUGGGAACGCAUGAUCGGGAUUGCUCGACGCAUUCUCGACUCCAUGCUAUGUGAUGUCGGGUCCACACGGCUCUCUCACGAGGUCUUGACCACUCUCAUGGCCGAGGUCUCAGCCAUAAUUAACUCAAGACCCCUGAUCCCCGUCUCAACUGACCCGGAGUCACCAUUCAUCUUGACUCCUGCUACACUUCUUACCCAGAAGACAGAUGUGCUCACAGCACCUACCGAGGAGGCCAGCACUGCAGACCUCUACAGACGUCAAUGGAGACAAGUGCAGAGCUUCGCGAACAUGUUCUGGCGUCGCUGGAAAAACGAGUACCUUACAACACUCCAAGUGCGCAACAAGUGGCAGUCUAACAGACCAGACAUCCAAGAAGGCGACCUCGUCCUACUGAAGGACAACCAAGCCAAACGGAAUGAGUGGCCAAUGGGCCGCAUCCUCAAGUCGAUUCCAAGUGCCGAUGGAAAAGUUCGAAAGGUCGAGGUUAUGAUUGCGAAGCAAGGUGUCGCAAGAACUUUCAUCAGGCCCAUAGUCGAGAUAGUACUACUUCUCUCUCGCAAAGAUAUGGACAAAUAAGUCGACCCAUUGAAGUUGUUAUACACUUGUUUUUGAGAUAGGAAAUAAA